UCAUCAGUCAUGUGUCAAUGUGUCAUGAUGUAUGUCACUUUUUGUCAACAAGGUUUGCCUCGCCUACAUUUUUAUUAAAAAUUAAUUUGGAUUUCUUUCAUGUCAGAUAACAGCUUCAAAAGUUGUAUCUAAUCAAAAUUGUUUAUCUACAUGUAGAUGUGACUGCAGUGAAAUAUCAGAAUUUACAUUUUAUGAAUUGAUACAGCUGAAAACAUCUAUAGGUAAACAUCUCUAUUUUUAGCACAAACAAAUAUACAAAAUAUCCUGUUUAUUGGCCCACUCUGCGUUAUGACAAGUUGCCUAAUUCUCUUCAAGAGGUAUUAGUCGAAUUCAUCAUGCUUCUGUUCACCUAAACCAAUGAACACAUAAAAUGACUUCUGAAAUCACAGACACAGUAUCUGUGUGCUCUGAAGCAUCAACACUUCUUGAUGGCAGUGUUAUAUCUACUGUACCGGAUCGCCAUGGAUUUUUAGGGGGCACUCAGUAUUCUCCAGAACCAAGACAAGGACCUCCUCCAGAAACGGUACUCAGACGAGAACGAAAAUGGCUGAAAAUGCUUUCGCAAUGGAAUUUUUAUAUGGACAGAAAUUACAGAAAGAUCAAGGAGAGGUGUCGAAAAGGCAUCCCGAUGUCAAUGAGACCAAAAGCUUGGCUGUAUCUUUGUGGUGGAAAAUUAUUGAUGGAUAAGCAACCAAAUAAGUAUGAUGAUUGCCUUAGAGCCGUGGCAGAUCCAAAAUGUAUUGAAGAAAUAAAAAAGGACAUUCACCGUCAGUUUCCGUUACACGAAAUGUUCAGUUCAGAGGAUAAGCCUGGACAACAAGAACUGUUCAAUGUACUGAAAGCAUACACAGUUCAUUUUCCGGACAUUGGAUAUUGCCAGGCCCAGGCACCCGUGGCAGCUUUCCUCCUGAUGCAUAUGCCAGCUAUACAGGCAUUUUGGUGCCUAGUUUCCAUUUCUAAUAAGUACCUUGAAAACUACUACUCUCCCACAAUGGAAGUUGUUCAGCGGGACGGACUAAUAUUACAAGGGUUACUGAAAAAAGUAUGUCCGCCUGUGUACCGACAUCUGAAGAAAGUUAAUGCCGAGCCUAUGUUUUACUGUACAGAAUGGUUUCUAUGUGCAUUUACAAGAACUUUGCCUUGGGACACAUUGUUGAGAAUCUGGGAUAUCUUCCUUUGCGAAGGUGUCAAAGUUUUAUUCAAAACUUCUUUAGUGAUUUUAAUUGGUUGUCUUGGAACUGCUAAAAGUAGAAGGCAAUGCCCUGGACUCUGUGAAACCUUAGCUAGAAUAAGGAAUCCACCAGAGGAGAUCUUAUCAGAGGAAAAUCUCAUCUACAAUGUAAAUCGACUGGAUAUCACUGAAAGAGAUUUUCAAGAACAACAUCAAAAACAAACAAAGAGGAUGAAAACUGACCAAAGUAAUGGAAAUGGGGCAACUGUGCAAUAAAGGGACUAGAGCUUUUGACCAAAAGAAGACAGUAUUUAUCUUGAAUAUAAAUGUGCAAUGACUGGUCAUUCAUGGUCUUUUCAACUGGCAUCUGGAGAUAGUAUUAGGUUACGCAGUGUGUACUUUGUCUUUUUGGGUAGCUUUACAUUGUCUUUACUGAAGUACUAUAAUUCAAACUUCAAGUUGUAAACACUUUGAUGUAAAUAUUAUUUUUAAGUUAUUAAGUAUUAUGUGACAGCACCAGAGUUAUUUCACAUAAUUCAUUUGAUUGCAAGAGCCGUUCCAAAGAGUUUGGUACCUUUUGAUAUUCAAACAAACGUGAAUAGUUUAUUAAUGUCUUCUGAGAAUGACAAUUCAGUCUUACAAGUGUUGAACUGAACCCCAGAAGAGAUUAUAUAGUCAACUUCAUUUACAAAAACAGGAAUCAGUUUUGUUGAAUUAGACUGAUUAACUUUUAUAAAAGAAAUUCACCCGAUGAAGGGAAAUCGAAAGUACUAUUACUCUUGUAAAUGUUCUUGACUAUCAAUGGACGUCUAAUAAAUUAUUAUAAUGAAUUGUGUGGAAUGACCUUCACAAAUGUUGGUGGAAAUGACCGAGAAGGGACCAAUAUCUUGAUAGUUAAUUGUUUGUUCUUAUUAGUAAGAUUGAACAAUCCUAGAAGAUAACUCGGGAGAUUUUGUUUGAUUUCUGUUUUGGUUUAGGAUACACAUCAAGUGAUAUUCAAGGUAUUGCACCUAAUUUUUUGACGAUUACCUUCAGAGUUGCAUUCUAUUUCACGGCCAGAAUAUACGGAGCGUUCUUCAAAUGAUCACAUAGCUUUUUCCAAACUCUCGUCGAGAUCUAUUGCAUUGGUUUCAAUGCAACAGGAUUUCAAGGAAAUCCUUGAAAUCCUCAAAAUUGUUUCCAAUUCGAUUUUCGCUGAAGAGAAGGCAUUUACCAAAAAUUUCAAUGCAAUAUUUAUUUUAAUGGCAGGAUUAAUUCACACAAAUAUUUUGAUGGAUAAAAAAUGUCAAAACGUAUUAUAUAAUAAAUGAUAAUGCAAAAAAUGCAUACAAAAGAUACAUCAAAAUUACUGUAUCAAUAUUGAAAAUUUGUAUGCACCCUGUUCUGAUCACCAGUCUGGCUCUUUUGGUAAAAAUGUUUUUUCAUAGGCAGGUUACUUGUGUAAUGACAUCAAGACUGGCAGAAUAACCAACUGACUUGUACUAUUCCAUUUUGAGUAGCAACCAUUGUAUUGAUGUGGGUACAUAACAAUAAAAAAACCGAUACGGUUUUGUAAGCUUGUAAAUUCUAAUAAGUUUGGAUAUGUUUCAGUUGUUUUAAUUGGAGUAAUAUUUUUAAAUUUAAUUUUUCUUUCAAGGUAUUUCAAGAUAUCCUAUAAACUUCUCAAAAUUUGCGGCAUUUCAUAAAAUAUCUAGUUCCAUGAAUAAAUUAUUUCUUUCUUCAGCAGUAGAUCUAGGAUUGUUCCACCACCCAAAUCUUGUGUACCUAUUUGUAUAAAUUGGAGAAUUUUUAUAUACUGGCAAGGCAGUUAUUGUUAUAAAGAUUGAAUAUAUGAUAUAUACACAAAUAAAUUUCAUUUGUACUUUUCUGUUUUA